UUGAAAAGUUGCCUCUAAAUUUUGCGGUAUGAACAAUUUAGACAAAUGAGAGCAUUUGGCACCCAGUUCAGAGCUGAAUCAACCAGAAUUCUCACUAUUUUCACCACUUCUCUUUCCCCACUUCACAUCCCUCAAAUUCAAGCUCAACUGAUCCUUCAAAAUCUCCAUUCACAUCCACUCAUAGCCCACCAUUUCAUUAACACUUGCCAUCAUCUUCAUCUUCUCGGUUCCGCUUUUCUCUUCUUUACCCAUAUCCCCAAACCCCAUGUCUUCAUUUGCAAUUCCUUAAUCAGAGCUUUUUCUCACUCCAAAAUCCCCCAUACCCCUCUUUUCCUUUACACCCACAUGAACAGAAACUCCAUUUCCCCCAACAAUUACACCUUCCCUUUUGUUCUCAAGUCAUUAGCCGAUUUCAAAGAUCUUGUCGGUGGACAAUCUGUUCAUACCCACGUUGUCAAAUCCGGACAUGCUUCUGAUCUUUAUGUGCAGAAUACGUUGAUGGAUGUGUAUGCGUCCUGUGGGAAAAUGGGGUUAUGCAAGAAGGUGUUCGACGAAAUGCUUCAUACAGAUGUUGUCUCGUGGACUAUUUUGAUUAUGGGUUAUAGAGUUUCUUUCAUGUUGGAUGAUGCUUUGAUUGUGUUUGAACAGAUGCAAUAUGCAGGUGUGGACCCUAAUCGUGUAACGAUAGUCAAUGCAUUGGCUGCAUGUGCGAGUUUUGGAGCUAUUGAAAUGGGUGUUUGGAUACAUGAGUUUGUGAAGACAAAAAGAUGGGAAGUGGAUGUGGUAUUAGGGACUGCUUUGAUCGAUAUGUAUGGGAAAUGUGGGAGAAUCAAAGAGGCAUUGGCUGUUUUCCAAGCAAUGAAAGAGAAGAAUGUGUAUACAUGGAAUGUAUUCAUUAAUGGGUUGGCUUCGGCCAAGUGUGGAGAGGAGGCCAUUGCUUGGUUUAAGAGAAUGGAUGAAGAAGGAGUUGAAGCAGAUGACGUGACAUUAGUGGCAGUGCUUUCUGCUUGUAGCCAUUCUGGCUUGGUGAACAGCGGCAGGCAGAUCUUCUGGUCUUUGAUCCACGGGAGGUUCGGGUUUUCUCCAGGAAUCAAACAUUAUUCAUGUAUGGUAGAUAUUUUGGCUCGUAAUGGGUGUAUUGAAGAGGCUUGUGUGAUGAUAAAGGAUAUGCCUUUUGAAGCCACCAGAUCAAUGUGGGGGUCUUUGCUAACUGGUAGCAGAGCUCAUGGGAGCUUGGAAGUGAGUGAAAUAGCAGCAAGGAGGCUUGUUGAAAUGGAACCAGAGAAUGGUGGUUAUUAUGUUGUGUUAUCUAAUAUUUAUGCAGAAAUGGGGAAAUGGAGUGAGGUUGAGAAAGUAAGAGAGAUCAUGAAAGAGAGAGGGCUGAAGAAGGAUUUGGGGUCAAGUUCUGUUGAGCUUCAAGAGGUUGGAAAGUACGCGUGAAUCAUUUUCUAAUGUCAUAGGUUGAAGUUUAAGCUUGGAGAAACUGCCCAAAGCAUUUUUUUGUACUCCAAGAGAGAAAAGUUAUAAUCACCAUGGAGGGUUAAUACAACUGAGGCAGGGCAUGUAACAUAGGGAGUGUAUCAUUCGUUUGUUAGAUUCUUUGGUUUCUAAAUGCUUAAAAUACUUUUCUAAAUACUUAGAAAGUCAAACGAGAGUAAAUCUUAACUACAUACAUUCUCUACGGCGAAUAACUUCUCGAACCAAAUCUAUUGCAGAGUCCAUCCAUUCUUGGCUUCCAUAGUUGAUCUUCAAAGAUUCAGAAACUAUUCAGGUCUAGAGACGAAUUAUUUUCCUUUUCUCAAUUGCAUUCCCAUUUCUUUUUAACAUGGAAACAGAGUUAUUCCUAAA